UUCAUCCUGCUGCAGAGGUAGUUGACCUUUGCCACGAGCAGGGGCGCUGCCUGGCGGGGAAAAGUGGUACUGAUUCUAAGGGCCCAGCCCAACGCAGCACGGCCCACGGCCCGCGGAUGGCAAUUAAUAAUAUAAUAUUAAUAUUCUUGGCUUUUUUUUUUUUUUUUUUAAAUGUCUCAUUACAAAGAAAUGGUAAUUGGAAAUAAACUUAUUAAACUCACAACUGUCGAUUUCCAUAACGUUUUCGUUAGUUAUUUAACAUAUUGUCAUUUGCCCUUCCCCCUGAGCUCUUGCGAAAUGGUUCAGCCGCAACGCGCGAUGCGUUGAAUCGAACAGCAUCUGAAAUGUGAGAUGUUGGCACUGGCAGCAGGUGUACAGAGCGGCUGGGCAGGCUGAGGUCAGGUCUUAACCACAUGAUGGUGAGCUGGUGGUGACAGCUACAGAAAUGAAGUCAGGUUGGCAAAAACUGAAGGAAAGACGGGAGAAAGAGGAGAGGGCCAAAAGAGGCAGGCAACUGGUCACUCAAUUUUUCGCCGAUAAAGAAGGUAUGCUCACUCAAUGACCUUGCGUUUUCAAACUCUAUGAAAUGGUAGGCUAACAAGCAGAAUUCUUGGAUUAGCCUCCAAGAGAGCAUGCUAGUUAGCAUAGUUUCCUAUUUAAAAACUCCACCUUUAUUGUCACAGCGAACAAACGGCAAAUGUGGACGAACGACCGUGAUAAACUAGUCUUUUAAUGCAAAAUAUUUUUUUCAAAAUAACCUAACGGGGUGGUGUCUUAAAUAUGUGCAUUUUCAACUUCAGGAGGAGGACAAGAUCCGCCCACGGCCACCACGACUGGAUCCCAUUUCGGAGAAGGAGGUAAGCAACAUUAGUUUGGUAGGAUGUUAGUUGCUUUAGGAUGAAAGUUUUGAAUGAGGGUGCCUUCUAGGCUAGAUCAUAUUUCAGUAUUGCUAAUAACGGUCAGUCGUUAGGUUCGAGAAAACAUAAUGUUUUUCUUUCUUUUACUGUAACUCUUGUUACUUGUAAGGCCAGUGAGUGUGAGUUAACGAAAUGCAUCCAAGCAUGUAUAGGCUAAUUGAAACCUGCAUUCUUCUAACCUUUUCCUGCAUUAACCUAUUUACUAUCUUGCAUGCAUCAUCCCUGAUACAGAGGCAGGCCCCUCAUCAUGCCAUGUUCCUCCAAACACCAAUGUUGAAGUGCAGAAGGACAGGACAGGGACCAGCAGUGCAGAAGAGCCAGCCCCCACAUCAGGCCUUGAUGUUGCAGCGUCCAGUCCAGACACCAGUGCUGAAGUGCAGGAGGACAGGACGAGGACCAGCGGUUCAGAUGCUUACUGAUACAGAGCCAAGCCCCUCAUCAGACCAUGAUGAGGACAACAGGACCAGUACCAGCAGUACAGAUGACAGCGCAACACAGAGUAAGGAAGAGCAGGAGGGGGCAGGGUUAAUGGAAGUUUGCCAGUCUGAAAGCGAGGAUCUACUGUCAAAUGAUCCAGGGUUGUGGCCAGCAAAGCUCAUGGACAGUGACAGAACUGGUAUUGUCAGGAAAUUAGCUACUACAGAGUCAAAGCCAUUUCCAAAAGACUCUGAAGGGAAAGCUUUUCCAGAGUACCUGAGGUACACAAAGGCAGCAAAUGGCAGGGAAAAGACAAAAAGGGAUUGGCUAAUUUACAGUGAAAGUUGUUCUGCACACUGUUCUGCAUUCCUUGUGUCCUUUUUGCCUCUGAGGUAAAAAAGCCCUCUCAAAGCGCACUGGGUGGAUGUGGAUACAAAAUGUGUGAUGUAAAAUGGCGUCGCAUGUAUAACAAAUUACCAAGCCAUGAGAACAAUAGGGCACACAGAGAUUGUUAUCUAAAAUGGAAAAAUCUACAGUGCUCUAUUAAUGCUGCAAAAGGUGUAGACCACCACAAACAGAGCCAGAUGCUGUCAGAAAUCGAGAAAAAUGUAGCUCUUUUGACACGCCUCUUAGAUGUAACACUGCACUUGGCAUCCAGGAAUUUGCCUUUUCGGGGCAAAACACAAACAUUAGGGGAUGUCCACAAUGUUAAUUACUUGGGGACAUUGGAAUUGAUGUCCCAUUAUGACCCCCUUUUAAAGGACCACCUCGACAAAGUCAGGAACAAUACCAAGGGGAGCAGACUUGCUCAUUAUUCGUCUUCGGACUCUCAAAAUGAGUUCAUUCAGCUUUGUGCAAAAAGGGUCUUGAAAUCUAUUCUGAAAGAAAGGGAGGAUGCCAUUUACUACAUUAUUAUUUGUGAUGCCACACCUGACAUUUCUCAUGCAGAGCAAAAUGUUCUGCUAAUUAGAUAUGUCCACUACAAUGAGAAUGAAAAUGAAUGGCAGAUAACCGAAAGGUUUACCGAAUUUAAACAAUUUCACAAAAAAACUGGGAGUGAAAUAGCUGGAAUGAUAGAGAAUAUGCUUAAGGAACUAGGCAUAGAUAUCAGUGAUUGCAGGGGACAAGGCUAUGACAAUGGCGCAAAUAUGUCUGGGAAAGUUAAAGGUGUACAAGCCCAAAUUCUCAAGACCAACAAUCUGGCCACGUUUUCACCUUGUGCUUCCCAUACUUUGAAUCUCAUUGGGGUACAUGCUGCAGGAUCAAGCGAAGAAGUGUCAACUUUUUUUGGCUUCAUCAACUGUCUUUACAGAUUUGUAAGUGCCAGUCCACACAGAUGGGCCAUAUAUAAGCAAGCUACUGGCUGCUCUGUCCACAGCUUGUCUGACACUCGCUGGAGUGUGAGAAUUGAUGCAGUGAAGCCCAUUGCCAAACACUUACCAAGUGUCAUUGAGGCCCUUGGUAAAAUACUUAGUACAUGCAGCCUAACCAAUGAUGCCAGGGCAGAAGCUGUAGGUCUGCAAAAGUAUUUCAUGACAUUUGAUGCCAUUGUGCUCCUCACGAUUUGGGUGAAAGUUUUGCAUGCAAUUGACCAAAGAAAUGUGAUACUGCAGUCAGGGAAAAUUUCUCUGGAGGUGGAGGCAGCCAAUACAAAGUCCCUCAAAGUUGAAAUGCAGAAUCUCAGAAAUGAGUGGGAUUCCCUCCUUCCUGAGGCAACACUCAUUGCCACUGAACUGGGGAUACCUCCCCAUUUCAAAAAGGAAGUUAGCCGUGAGAGAAAACAAAAGAGGUUUUUUGAUGAGGCACGCACAGAAGAAAACGUUCAGGGCAAUCCGGCAGACACAUUCCGAAACACUGUCUUCUACCGUGCCAUGGAUCACAUAAUUAGUGACUUGGACACGAGAUUCCAAAGCACAGCAAAUAUUGUUGAGGAAUUUGCUGCCAUCAUUAAAGUUGGAAAGUUGAGGGAGAGUGAUGUUGCUGCUGUGUGCCGGCCACUAAUACACAAAUACAACAAGGACCUCACACCUCAGUUUGAGAGUGAAAUCAGGCAUCUAAACUAUGUAUUUUCUGCCACUUUCCCAUCUGAUUGCUCUGGUAUUGAUCUGCUCAAUGCAAUUUAUAAAAUGCAGAUGCAUAGCAUUUUUGGAGAGGUUUGCACAGCUAUAAGGAUUUUUUGCACUCUGCCCGUUACAGUUGCAGGUGGGGAAAGGGCAUUCAGUAAACUUAAACUGAUCAAGAGCUACCUCAGGUCGACCAUGGUGCAAGAGAGGUUGAAUAGCCUUGCAAUACUUUCAAUUGAAAGUGAGUUGGUUCGCUCAUUAGAUUUCAAAGAUUUGAUUUGUGACUUUGCAACCAAGAAGGCUCGGCGUCUAGACUUUGCAAUUUAAGUCUUUACUGCUCUAUAAGAACAGUUUACAUAACGAUUUCUUCAUAUUGUUUGAAACUGUGCAGUAGUGUAUAUUUUUAUUGAUGUCUACAAUGUGGAUCCAUUGAUAUUGUAUGCAAUUGCACUGUAAAUUCUGUUCUUUGUUUACAUUUUGAU